AUUCACUCAUACCCAACAUCCCGCCUACAUUAUUAUUUUCCUCGUGGGCCAAAUGGGGCAGAAAAUUUCCGCCGUCAACGGCGUCAAGUCCGACAACUACUUCGAGCCCGGAAACGCCAUUAAUCAGAUCUGGUACGGUGAUGUUGAAAUGAUCUCGCGUCUUCCCUUUGGAGAUACCGACAUGGGACAAGCCGGAUGGGCCAGCGGGUUUCCAAAGAUCCCAUGGCAUGAUUUCAUCAUCCCCCUGAAGCGAGAUCUGA